ACACUUACCGGAUUGCUUACCGAGUUGACUACUGCUCUUGUACUUACCGGAUUGCUUACCGAGUUGACUACUGCUCUUGUUCUUCAAUUUGUCUCUCUAUGUAUAGCAAAACAACACAUCUAAUAUGAAAUCUGUAGUAUAUUUACUCACUGUUGCUGUUAUUUUUUUGCUUGAAGAGAUUGAUGGCAACCAAAUUCAAAGCUCGAAUUUAAGUUGUGCUCUAGUGCCUGGACGAAGUAAUUCGACCUAUUAUGAACCAGUUUGGGACUAUAUUUGGAUUCGACGUAGUUGCAUGUUUGGCAGAGUUUUCAGUGACCGCUAUUGCUUAUGCAUACCAACACAACUCAUGAGAAAUACUCGUCUAAAUACACCAAAUACUUGCAUAUUUCGAGGUUCAAAGACUUACACCAGAAGAAUUGAUCCAAAAGAUAGCUAUUAUCAAGAACGUGUAAAAACGAGAAAAUGGGCACCGAAAACUUGUACAAGUGGAUUAGUUUUCAGUCCGACACACUGCCGUUGCAUUGAAGAUAGUCGUGAAACGUGUCAAUAUCCAGGCGGUAUUACCAGAACACGUAAACGAGAUACUGAUGUGAAUUAUUUCCAACAGCUAACAAACAGCAACACAUGGGAAAGAAAAAGGUGUUACAGUGGUGCUACCUUCAGUCUAACUAAAUGUUAUUGCACUUUCGGUGGUUCAUCAGUCAUUGUUACAACGCCUGAACCUGAAAAUGAUAUUAAAAUAUGUAAACAUCCCAAGUAUGGAUAUUUCCGUAAACGGGAUUCAAACCCGCAGUUUUAUUUUCAGAUCAAUAACAAUAAAGCAUGGGAGAAGAGAGCUUGCGCAGUCGGCGGCACAUUCAACAGCGCCAUCUGUGAUUGUACUUAUGUGAAACCAACAAGCGAAUCGGAGACUACACCAAAGGUCGAACCUGAAAUUCCUCAAAAGUUUUGUUGGGAUGCACUUUCAAAAACACGACGAGGAACAUUUAGAGAUGAACGUUAUUAUUACGAACUGAAAGGCAAUACAUGGAAGGUGAUAGCUUGUCAAAAUGGAUAUAUUUUUUCUCACGACAGAUGUUGUUGUGUUUUAAAAUCACAAAUAACGACCCCUAGAACAGAACCGACAGGUGAACCUGAAACGGAGCCGACAGGUGAACCUGAAACACCAUUCGAAGUAUGUCCGCAUAAGCCUUCUCAGUCUAUAAGAAGAGCCACUACAAACCCACAGAUUUACGAGCAGAAGACCACAGGAGGCAAAUGGGUGAAAAUAUCAUGCGAAGCUGCAAAUCAAUUCAACGUCAAAAAAUGUUGUUGUGUUCCGACAGGUACAACUGCACAACCGGAGGGAACCACUAAAUUUUCCCCAAAGUACUGUCUGGAUAAAUUGUCAAGUAAACGACGAGCAACAUUUAGAAAUGAACGUCAUUAUUACGAACUGACAGACAGUUUAUGGCGGCUGAAAGCUUGUAAAAAUGGAAAAAUUUUCUCUUACGAGGAGUGUUGCUGUGUUUUAAAAUCAAAACCUAAAACUGAGCCGACAAGUAAACCCGAAACAGAACCAACAGGUGAACCUGAAACGGAGCCGACAGGUGAACCUGAAGCACAAUUCGAAAUAUGCCCACAUAAGUCUUCUCAGUCUAUAAGAAGAGGCACUGCAAACCCACAGUUUUACGAGCAGAUGAACAAGCAAGGCAAAUGGGAGAGAAAAUUAUGUAACGGUGCAAGUCGAUUCAACGCCAAAAAAUGUUGUUGUGUUUCGCCAGGUGAACCCGAAACAGAACCGACAGGUGAACCCGAAACAGAACCGACAGGUGAACCUGAAACGGAGCCGACAGGUGAACCCGAAACAGAACCGACAGGUGAACCUGAAACGGAGCCGACUGGUGAACCCGAAACAGAACCGACAGGUGAACCUGAAACGGAGCCGACAGGUGAACCCGAAACAGAACCGACAGGUGAACCCGAAACAGAACCGACAGGUGAACCUGAAACACCAUUCGAAGUAUGUCCGCAUAAGCCUUCUCAGUCUAUAAGAAGAGGCACUAAAAACCCACAGAUUUACGAGCAGAUGAACAAGCAACGCAAAUGGGAGAGAAAAAUAUGUAACGGUGCAAGUCGAUUCAACGCCAAAAAAUGUUGUUGUGUUUCGACAGGUGAACCCGAAACAGAACCGACAGGUGAACCCGAAACAGAACCGGAAGGUAAACCCGAAGGAGAACCUGAAAUUGCCGAAAAGAUUUGUCAUCAUAAACCGUCAAAAAUACAACGAAAAACAUUUAAAGUUGAACUUUUUUAUUAUGAAAAGACGGGCAAUACAUGGAUGCUGAAGGUUUGUCAAAAUGGAUAUAUUUUCUCUUACGAGGAGUGUUGUUGUGCUUUAAAAUCAAAACAAAUAGCGAAUCCUGAAACAGAACCGGAAGGCAAACCUGAGUCAGAACCGGAAGGUGAACCAGAGGGAGAACCGAAACCAGAAAAUGAAGUACAACACGCAUAUUGUAUAGAUGUGAUAUCUCGGGCUAUAAGGAAAAAUACAACGAACCCAAAGCAGUAUAAGCAGUUGUCAUCAUCAUUCAAAUGGGAAGUAAAAUAUUGUCCACAUUCAAAACGAUUCAGUUUUAAAAUAUGCUGUUGCGUUCCGGUAACACCUGGACAACCAGAGGGAGAGCCGGAGGGUAAACCUGAAACAGAACCGGAAGGUAAACCUGAAACAGAACCUGAAACAGAACCGGAGGGUAAACCUGAAAAACCCUUUAAAAUAUGUCCGCAUAAGCCUUCUGAGUCUAUAAGAAGACCCACCACAAACCCACAGUUUUACGAGCAGAUGACCAUAAGAAACGAAUGGGUAAACAUGUCAUGUGGAGAUGCAAGUCGAUUCGACGUCGAUCAAUGUUCUUGUAUUCCGACAGAGAAAACUACACCUACUACAACGCAACGAUCAUAUGACACUGCACAAGCAAAUAUUACGUGUAAGGUCGGGAAUGGACCUCUUCGGAAAACAGACUCGGACUUACGUCGUUAUUCAGAAAAGGUAGCAGGAAGAUGGGAAGAUAGGAUUUGCUACAGUGGUGGUAUAUUCAACAAACUAAUUUGUGGUUGUGUUUAUUUGAAAAAAAUACAUAAAUAGAAACCGAUAUUCCUGUGUCAACUUUGUACAGUCUGGAUAUAUUCAUAAAUGCGGUAAGAACACAUUGUUUUCAUCAAAAGACAAUAUUUGGAGCAUGGGGACAUCAUCCUGUCCAAAUAUACUGUUUUUCCAUUAUGUAAGGUUUGAUUGUACUUUCAACUAGAAAAUAUUACAUCAAGUUUGGCCGUUGGUAGAAUCUGGAAAUAAGUGAUCAUCUAUGUAAAAAAAAAACGUGUGUGUGUGUGUGUGUAGAAUGAGCUUAAGGAACAGAACCAAAGAUUGUUCAGAUUCUUCUAUUCGUAUAUAAAACAAAAACUUUUAAGGGGGCGAACAAUAUGCUAUAUUUGUAUUUUUAGUCUUUCUUUAUUUUACCGUAAAGUUCAUUUCGUUUAGCGAUUGAUUGUUGUAGUAAAUUAAAUAUUUUUCCAUAAUGGUUUCUGCUCCCUAAUUGAAAAAAUUGUUGAAGAGAAGCAAUAUCUGUGAAAUGCAAAAAAAAAAAGUGUUAUGUUACUGGAAAGCAUCCAGAAGUUUUGUAACUCAAGAAAAAUGUAUCUGUUAAAUGCAAAUUGCUGAGAGCUCAUUAAUGAGAUGUACUUUAUUUAUUUACUUUUUUUUUUAAUUGGUUUUUGGUAAAUACUUCACAUUUAUACAAGUUGACUUUGGUUUUUACCGGAAAUUUUUGACACGAUUUUAAAAUUAAAUGGGGGUGGGAUGAAAAACAAGCAGAAAAACAUUUAUAUCCCCGACGUUUUGUUUAUAUUUAUAAAUUUCUUUUUAAGUUGUGUACCAAUACGUGUAUCAUCACUCGUCUGUUUCGAACAUGUU